AUGGCGGUCUCGGCCACCCGCCUCCCGGCCCUCCGGCACCUCGCCGCCUGCGGCACCCUGCCCCGCGCCCCGCGCCUCUCGCACCAGCGCCGCUGGGCCCAGGUUCACGACGUCCGGUUCCUGGCCACGACGCAGCGCCGGCCGAGCAUACUGGAGAAGUACCGCGACAAGCUGGACCGCAAGGCGCGCGAGGAGGGCCACGCCGGCAUCGACGAGCUCAAGAGCGCCUACGCCGACCGCAUCCGGGAGCAGCGCGCCCGGGACGCGGCCUCCUUCGCCGCCGAGCCGGGCGCCGCCGCGCAGACGCAGGCACAGCAAGCACCAUCACCACCACAAGCUGUCCCGCCGCCGCCGUCGUCGUCCACCCCCUCAGAGACGCCGAAGAAGUCGUCGUCGUCGACCGGCAAGUCCAACAUCCCGCCCCUCGACUCCUUCCUCGACGUCGAAAAGGUCCGCAAUCUGCCCGUAGAGGACCUCACGGCCCUCUGGCGCCUGCGCCACGCCGCCAGCGAGCGCUCCCUCUGCGCCGUGGUCCCCGCCCACACCUACGCGGCCAUGGAGGCCGCCGCCCGCGCCCACCCGCAGUUCGUGCUGCCCGUGCCGCACCCGGACCAGGGCGCCGAGAUCCACUUCCUGCAGUGGACCUUUGACGCGCCCACGCGCACCUCGACCGUGCUCUUCACGCAGCUGGCCGAGUACAAGGCCCGCGGCGAGUUCGCGCAGGCGCACACGAGCGUCACGCACCACCUCGACCUCGCGGCCGACAGGGGGCUCGUGCUGAUGCAGGGCCAGGUCGUGGAGGGCCGGGGCGCGCGGGUCGAGGACGCGCGGUGGCUCGUCAUGUGCCUGCAGCGCUUCUACGGCGGGUGGGACGGCCAAGGGCAGGAGGGCGCCGUCCGGGCCGAGGAGAGGAGGAAGCUGCUCGAGUGGUUCGGCCGGGGGGACGAGAGGUUUAGUGUGCAGGCACUGAUGGAGGAGACGGAGAGGUUGGCGUAG